UUAAAUUAAGAGGCCUCUAAACUAUAGUGUUAAAAAGGGACUUGGCUCCUCUCCGGUAGCCAAUCGGUCCAGUUGCUCCAGUCAUGAUAAGCACCGUCGGGACUGGUGGCGUUCGGAUAAGCAGCUAUCUCCGGCUGCCGUACACGGUGGAGACACUUCUCCGCCGCCGUUGCCGUCUCUUCACCUCCUGCUCUGCCUCCUCUACUAAGGAGAAAGUUAUUGUCAUUUCCGGACCUACCGGUGCCGGUAAAAGCAAGCUAGCAUUAGAGCUCGCUAAGCGACUCAAUGGUGAAAUCAUCAGCGCGGACUCUGUACAGGUGUAUCGAGGGCUUGAUGUCGGUUCAGCGAAGCCUUCCUUUGAUGAACGAAAGGAAGUAGUACAUCAUCUGGUUGACAUAUUGCAUCCAUCCGAAGAUUAUUCUGUUGGACAAUUUUUUGAGGAUGCUAGGCAAACUACCAGAGAUAUCCUUGAUAGGGGCCGUGUUCCAAUAGUCGCUGGUGGUACUGGAUUAUAUUUGCGAUGGUUUAUUUAUGGGAAGCCAGAUGUUCCAAAAGCCUCUCGAGAGAUUGCUGCUGAAGUUGACUCAGAGCUUGCAAGUUUACAGAAUGAUGAAGAGUGGAAUGCUGCUGUUCAGUUGUUGGUUAAAGCUGGUGAUCCUGGUGCCCAGUCUUUACCGGUAAAUGAUUGGUAUCGCUUGCGUCGCAGGCUUGAAAUUGUUAAGUCUACUGGGUCACCUCCAUCAGCUUUUGAAGUACCAUAUGAUUCUUUCAGAGAACAGCUCAUAUCAGGUCAAAUAGAUGCUGCUGAUGUCAAGACUUCUGCUGACAAAUUGCAGCAGAAUGAAAUAAAGGAUUUGGAUUAUGAUUUUCUUUGUUAUUUCCUUUCCACCAAUAGGAUAGAUCUCUAUAGAUCAAUUGAUUUUCGGUGUGAAGAUAUGCUCUUAGGAGCAGAUGGAAUUCUAUCUGAGGCAGGGUGGCUUCUUGAUGUGGGUCUUUUGCCGAACUCGAAUUCUGCUACUCGAGCAAUUGGUUACCGACAAGCAAUGGAAUACCUUCUAAGAUGUAGGGAAAAUGGAGGAUGGAGUUCUGCUGGGGACUUCUAUGAAUUUUUAUCUGAAUUUCAGAAAGGAUCACGAAAUUUUGCAAAAAGGCAGAUGACAUGGUUUCGCAAUGAACAGAUUUAUGAGUGGAUAGAUGCUUCUAAACCUUUGGAAAAGGUGCUUAGCUUCAUAUGUGAUUCAUAUAACAGUCAGGAUGGCCAUCUCCAGAUGCCUGAGUCACUUCGUAUGCGGAAAGAUAUAAGAAAUCACCGUCAAGCUGCAGAAUUGAAGACCUAUCGUACAAUAAACAGGCAUUUCAUUGGGCAUGAAGAUUGUGUGGAUGUUCUGGACUGGAUAAAGAAGACCUAUGGCCAACCGACCGACUCUCUUUGUUAACCAACAUCUAAAGGACUUUGUCUUUCACUUCAAGUUGUCAAAAUCAAAACAUCCAAAAGUUGUUCUCAUUGUUAUCAAGGUUAGCUUAUGGAGAUGAUUACAACUUUUUUUAGUAUUUUGAUUUGGUUCGAGCUGUGAAAUUGGCACCAGGGUGGCCUGACUACAUUAAACUCCCUUGGGAUGUGGCACUUCCCUAAUGUUUACCGAGCUGCCCUUUUUCAGAUUUGAUUGCUACUUUUCCCUUAAAAUUUGGAUUGUUUAAGAUGUGGACUAGAGAGUUGUCUUUCUCUAUUUCUAUAGUAUUGUGAAGGUUGAAGUUGUACAAUUGAAGAGGGUUGCAGCUAAUGAGGCCGUCGAGCUGUGGCUUGGGGAUGUCAAUCUGCAUCUGGGAAAUUUUGUACUUGUAGGAUUCUGUUCAAGAACUCUAUUUGCCAGAAAAUCAUACAUUUUCCAAAUUUGUGACUUUUUUUGAGCCAUGUAUAUUUGUUUGCAGUUGUUCUAUAUAAUAAUGCACUUAAGUUCUUAUAUUU